UGCAGGCGCGGAGCCGGCGGCGCAGGGCGGCGGCAGACGGCGCGGAGCGGGCAGCGCCAUGCGGGCUGCCGCCUGCCUCCUCUCGCUGGCGCUUUGCGCCCUGCCCGCCGCCUCAGGCGCCGGGCCGGUGGCGGGGCGGAGGGGCGAGAGCCGCUUCGCGGAGCGGGAGAGCAUCAGGCCGCUGCGGUUGGUGUCCGGAGAGGGCGGCGGCGGGGCGCGGCGGCCGGCGCUGAGCACGCGGGUGCGGAACGGAGCGGCGCGGAGUCAGUCUACCCACAUUGUUCGAGCCAGCUUCCAGGUUGAUGCUUUUGGGUCAUCCUUCAUCCUGGAUGUUACACUAAACCAUGAUCUUCUGUCUUCUGAAUACCUUGAGAGGCAUAUCGAGCAAGGUGGAAAGGCAGUGGAAGUUAAAGGAGGAGAACAUUGCUAUUAUCAGGGAAAAAUUCGAGGAAAUCCAGUAUCAUUUGUUGCCUUGUCAACAUGCCAUGGGCUACAUGGGAUGUUCUAUGAUGGAAAUCAUACUUACCUUAUUGAACCAGAUGAAAACUACACUUCAGAUAAUGACUUCCAUUUCCACUCUGUUUACAAAUCCAAGUUGUUCGAGUUUCCUUUGGAUGACCUGCCAUCUGAGUUCUGGAGCAUGAAUGCUACAUCACAGAAGUUUGUUGUAAAGCCAAGACACAAAAGAAGGAGAAGGCAGGUUCGUCAGAUUCCACGUAAAAUUGAAGAAGAAACAAAAUACAUUGAGUUAAUGAUUGUAAAUGAUCAUCUAAUGUAUAAAAAGCACCGCUUAUCAGUUGGCCACACAAACAGCUAUGCUAAGUCAGUUGUGAACAUGGCAGAUUUAAUAUAUAAGGAACAGCUUAACACCAGGAUAGUAUUGGUUGCCAUGGAAACCUGGGCUACUGAUAACAAGUUCACCAUAUCUGAAAACCCCUUGGUGACCCUGCGUGAGUUUAUGAAAUAUAGGAGGGAUUUUAUCAGAGAGAAAAGUGAUGCAGUUCACCUUUUUUCGGGGAGUCGAUUUCAGAGCAGUCGAAGUGGUGUAGCUCACACUGGUGGAAUCUGCUCCUUGCUUAAAGGCGGAGGUGUGAAUGAGUUUGGAAAGCCUGACUUAAUGGCAGUUACCCUGGCACAGACAUUAGCUCAAAAUAUUGGCAUUUUCUCAGACAGAAGAAAACUAAUAAGUGGUGAAUGUAAGUGUGAGGACACCUGGUCUGGAUGCAUAAUGGGAGACACAGGGUAUUAUCUUCCAAGCAAGUUCUCCAAGUGUGAUAUUGAAGAGUACCAUGAAUUUUUAAACAGUGGAGGUGGAGCCUGCCUUUUCAAUAAGCCAACCAAGCUUCUGGAUCCUCCAGAAUGUGGCAAUGGCUUUGUGGAAGAUGGAGAAGAGUGUGACUGUGGGACAACAGCAGAGUGUGCCAGCGAAGGAGGAGAGUGCUGCAACACCUGCACACUGACGGCAGGUUCCCAGUGCAGCAAUGGGCUCUGCUGUCGGAAGUGCCGGUUUGAACCUAAGGGCGUUUUGUGCCGAGAAGCAGUGAAUGAUUGUGACAUUGCAGAGAACUGCACCGGAAACUCCAGUCAGUGUUCUCCCAAUAUUCAUAAAAUGGAUGGAUAUUCAUGUGAUAACAGGCAGGGCAUUUGCUUUGGAGGAAGAUGUAAAACCAGGGAUCGACAGUGUAAAUAUAUCUGGGGUGAAAAAGUGUCAGCUGCUGACAGGUACUGCUAUGAGAAGCUGAAUAUUGAAGGGACUGAGAAAGGAAACUGUGGAAGAGACAAGGACUCAUGGAUACAGUGCAAUAAACAGGAUGUGCUUUGUGGAUACCUUCUGUGCUCGAAUAUAUCUAGUGUGCCCAGACUGGGAGAACUUGAUGGUGAAAUCACCUCAUCAGUCUUGCAGUUUGGAAAAGUCUACACUUGCAGUGGUGGGCACGUGAAGCUUGAUGAGGAGACGGACCUGGGCUAUGUGGAGAAUGGGACACCGUGUGGGCCGAACAUGGUGUGCCUUGACCAUCGCUGCCUCCCCAUUGAAUCCUUCAACUUCAGCACCUGCCCGGGCACCACAGACACCCAGAUCUGUUCAGGACACGGUGUUUGUAGCAAUGAAAUAAAAUGUGUCUGUGACCGAUUCUGGGGAGGAGAUGACUGCAGUUCUCGCAUCAAAGAUGAUGGGUUUUUUUAUAAAAAUGCCAUCAACAAAGGUGUUGUUAGCACAAACAUAAUAAUAGGGGCUAUUGCUGGCACCAUUUUAGUGUUGGCUCUCGUUUUAGGAAUAACUGCUUGGGGUUACAAAAACUAUAGAAGACAGAGACAAAUACCCCAGGGAGAUUAUGUAAAAAAGCCUGGAGAGGCCGACUCCUUCUAUAGCGACAUGCCUCCUGGAGUCAGCACAAACUCUGCAUCUAGUUCUAAGAAGAGGUCUGCUUUUCUGUCGCAUUUUCAGAUUUCUACCUGUUCCAUCACCCAUUAUUCCAUUAGUCAGAACAUUUCAUUGUUUUGCAGCAGGUCAAAUGGAUUAUCUCAUUCCUGGAGUGAAAGGAUCCCAGACACAAAGCAUAUUUCAGACAUUUGUGAAAAUGGGAGGCCUAGGAGUAAUUCUUGGCAAGGUAAUAUAGGAGGAAACAGAAAGAAAGUCAGAGGCAAAAGAUUUAGGCCACGGUCUAAUUCAACUGACAGGGUAACCCAUGCAUCUGAGCCUGGGCUUUCUCUCGCCCACCCAACCCCGUCCCAAGGCAUAAGCCCAGAGGGCUCUGACCCUCCCCAAACAGGGAGCCAGGAUCACAGGUAUUUAAACCCAUGGUUCAAAAGAGAAUAUAAUGUAGCUAAGUGGGUAGAAGAUGUGAAUAAAAACACUGAAGGACCAUACUUUAGGACACUGUCUCCUGCAAAGUCCCCAUCUUCAUCCACUGGAUCUAUUGCUUCCAGCAGAAAAUACCCUUAUCCAAUGCCACCGCUUCCUGACGAGGAGAAGAAAGCAAACAGGCAAAGUGCCAGGCUAUGGGAGACUUCCAUUUAGCUGCACCGUUUUCCUGGGAUGACGCAAGGACUGUUUGCUUUAAAUUCUGUACAAACUCAGCACCACUGAGUCGUUGCACAUUCAUCUGCUCUUCAGACAAUUCAAAAGAUCACAGAUGCCCGUGACCACGAUGAGAACCUUCUCUCAUCUGGAAGGGAAAAAGCAGUCUCUUUUUUUCCUUCUGUUUUUGUUUUUUUGAUCAAGCAGAAUUUUACAGACUUGAUGUAAAGAACCCAAACCAUCCCACCUACCAGGGGACCAUUAGAUGGACGUGACGAGGCUGUUCUGCACGGUACCAGACACGCUCACCCCACAUCCCGCCUGGGAGAGGGUUGGGGUUUUCCCUUGGCUUAGUUCAGCUCCAGGUCACACUGACCAGCCUUGGGAACGUGCACUCAGGAGAAGCUGGCCGAUGUAAACUUGUACGCUGUGUGCAUGAACCUUGUGUUCUUCGCUUUCCACAUGUAAGGGAUAAACAACAUACUGUAGUAGAAAUUAGCAUGCAGAAGUAAGAAAUGUAGGAUUUUUUUUACAGGAUUUCAAGCUUUGAAAGGCAACUCUUUGAACCUAAACAUCAAACAAACAAGGAUUAUGUCUUUUUUUUUUUUUUUUUACCUUACGUGUUUAUAAUCUCAGUAUACAGGUUGUAUAUAUGUAAACAUUUGAUAAUGUCAAAAAUAGCUGUUAUACAUAAGUGUAUUUUGCCAAAUGCCUAAAGAAACAUGACUAACAUCAUCACACUUCAAAUUUUCUAGUAUGUGAGCAGACAACUUUGGAAAUACAGAAAGUACAGUACUGUAAAACCACAUCUCAGAAACUGGUGUUUGACCAAAAUCUGUACUAUCUUCUAAGUAACUGACAAUCUCAAUUGUAUGGCGGAAUGCAGGAAUCGGUAUGGUGGCACUUUGUCUUAAAUCAUCGUAAGGGGAAGCAGCCAGAAAAGGGCUGUUCAGUGAGAUGACCCUACCCGACACUGGGGCGAUCAGGAACGAUCCCGCUGACAACAGAGACAGAGCCUUGAACAUGCAGUACAAACUUCCUGGGAAUCUGGGAAUACUUCUACAUACUCAAUUCAGGAUGUGGUGAUGUGAAGUCCUCUGGCAAGACUUGCUGUGUAUUUCUGAUAGAGCACUUCAGAUGCUGUUUUGGAUGAGAAGGUGUAACUUAUGAGAAGCUUAACGAUUUCACUGCACUAGAUAAUACCAAUGCUGGGCAAGUGGCCAGUUCCAUUGCUGUCUUUUCAUUUGUUUGUGGAGUCUCAUUACCGUGUGCUCAAUCGCUCUGCUUGCUGCCCCUGAUGUCCCCUUGACAUUCUGGGGGGGCCAUAAACUGAGUACAAGUGAGUUUAGCCAGAAAAAAUGGGAAAAAAUCCCAACACUUUUACCAUGGGGAUGUUGGUCUCCCGAAUCGAUGGAUAGUUAGGUUUCGAAUACUGAGACUUCUAAAGGGUGUCUGUUCUAAAACAAAUGUGGACAUUUCCAUUAAGAAAACUGAACCAUGUUAAAGCAAUUUAUAAUUCUCCAGCUCUCCAAAAAUGAUAAAUUCUCAGCUUCCAGUAGUGCCAUUACAGGACAACACACCUGAUUCUGUAUGGUGCAGUUGAAUACCUUGCCCAACAGUUGAAUUAUCAAUUAGAUAUUAUCCCAAUGGGAAGAUCUACAGUGUUUCUGAAUCUUCUACCUCUUUCAUGCAUUUCCUUUAAGAAGCAAAGCCAACACUUUCAGCCUCUUAAUAUAUUUUUUUAACUUUUAAGUAAGUGAAUAAAGUUGGAUAUAUGUAAGAUUAAAGUAAGAAAUGUUUAAAGAUGUCAGCAACUAUAAAAUAUAUAAGAUUUUUAGAAGCACUAUAUUUUAUGAUUAGGCUGUUUGUUGGACUGUAACAAAAUGUUGACCCUGGAGUUCCAGUGAUUUCCUUCACAGUCAACAGGUUCUGGUAAGUAUUUUAUAGAAAGGCGAAUAUGAGUGAGUACGAAGUACAAGGCAGAAGGUGUUGAAAGAGCCAGCCAUUAGUAACUGCUAUAGGAAAAGAUUCUGCACUUUUGUGACGAGUGAAUAGCUAUCAGCACAGAAGAAUAUUUUUUUGCAGAGAUUUACUUUGAAUGUAGGUAACUGGAUUAAAAGUAGUUGAUAGUGCAUAGCUUGUGAAAUUAGGGCCUGAGCCAUUAUCACCUGAAGUCAAUAGAAAGUCUGUUAUCGAUUCUGCUGGAAGUUGAGCAGAGCCCUGAAGGAGUUCACCUCAAUUAGGAAAUGGCACUACCUGAUAGCCGCUCUGUUAUUCUGUUGCCUCUAAGCUGCUUUCCCCUUUUGUCUUCGUAAUUUGUCUCUAAUAACUGGACGGUUCAUCACGUGCCUUUUGCGAUAUUUUGUUUGGUUACAAACUAGCAUGUGAUUUUAAAUAAUCUUGUGAGAUUUCUGUGCAUAUUUCAUAUUCACCACCCUUUACUCUUCCCUUUCCAUUCUGCCUUAUCAAAGAAGCAGCAAGAUUUGGCAAACAGAACUGGAUGUAACGCAUUGGCUGUUUGUGUAAUGUUCAUAGCUCUUGUUUUGAAAACAAAUGGCUCUCCUGACUGUAUCCUCAACGUACGAUGUACUUACUGCUUCUUACAUGUUUUGGUAUAAUACAUUCGUAGCAUAUCAUGAUCCAGUUGUGUCUGUAGCGUUACCUUUAACAGUCACAUUCACAUUUGGAGCUAUGUAGUAACUGGAAGUCCAGUUAUGACUUCCGAGUUUAAUAAACAUUGACUUUCACUUUGAUUGUCUAGAGUGAGAACAUCACAAAACGUUCAUUUUUUAUUUUUUUUUGCAGAAUCUUUCUGCAGAAAAUCAUGCAUCAAGUUGGCAGCCUGGAUACCUUGUCAUGGCACAAAGCCUGAACGUGUAUGGCUCUGAAAGCCUCUAAUGCCAUUGGAGGCCAAAGAGGAAGCUGUUUGCUUGCACUCUGUGCUUUCCUACUUUUAAAAUGUGUUGAAAGCUGCCAGAUUAGUAACCUUGAAGAUGCCUGCAAGUAUCUUUACCCACAGUAGUUGGUUACACUGGCAAUAGCAAUAUAAAUAGCUGCAUAAUACCUCAUGUAGUCUAAAAUAGAGUACUUGCACAGUUAGUAAGAUAGUUCAGUCAUUUUGACUCCUUCAGACACAGACUCGUUUUUGCCAGCUAUGCUGAAUAUCCAGAUAAGCUGAAAUGGGGAGGUUAUCGGUUAUUCUCAAAUACAUUAUAAUUACUUGUCCAUACGAGCAUACAAACAGCAGGAUGAGCUAAACUAAUCCUAGCCUUGUAUUUCAACAUGUGGGAGAAGAACCGUGAGUAAUUUAAAGUAAGAUUAAUAUCGCUAACUGAUGGAGACUGGAAAAUACAGACUCUGUUCAGAUAAUAAGGCUGCACAGUGAUGCUGCAAUUCAACAACUAAAAAUCUACCUGCUAAUGCUGGAUUUGUUGAGAUGAGAAAUUCAUUAAUCCGUGCUGUUGCCAUUUGGUGAAUGCGCUCAGGCAUUUUACCAGUAAUGGUUGGGACUGAGAAUUUACAUAUAAUUUUGUUGGCUGAUAAGAAGUGUGAGAUGCAUCUUUGAAGACAGUGACAGGUUUUAAGAGUUUUGUUCCUGAUUAAUGAUAUGCUGACCCUGCUCGGCUGAUGUACUCAUUAGUUAAUUUUGAUUGUGCUAAUGAACAAAUGGGCCUUUGGGCUAUAGCCUCAAUUAAAGAGAAAGAAAUUGUGUUGAGCUGGUGUACUGAAGUCCUCUUACCUGAAUCACUUGCUGGUUUUAAAUGAACUGAGUGGUCUUGUCAACAUCAAUUGAAACAAUAGUUUUCAAAACCAGGGCUAAGAGUAGGUCUGUACAUUAAUAUAGGAAGGCAUAUACUACAAAUGCAGACCAGCUUUGCAGUCAUUGUAUCAUGGACAUCCUCAGUGUGCUAAAGGAUCUGAUGGAAUGAGAGAAUACUUAAAGUUAGAUUUUGCUAACAGGCUAUAGCGUGAAACAUUUAUGAGACUCCAUAAGCCUAUGUGAUAAUAGGUGAGCUCUUAGCAAUUGCUCUGUUAUCAAAUCCCAUAUCUAGAUGUUGUAAGCAAACUUAACAAAUUCAAGUGUAAAACUCAGCAUGCAGAAGUUCUCCUUCCCUCUCUUCCCUUUCCACUCCUACUAAAAAGCACUUCCAAAUCCACUAGCAGCCUCUCAUGUUGGUUAGCUAUGAUAAGAAAGCUGCAGGUUAACUGUCUUUCCACCCAGACCUGGUAAGGUCUCUCCAGUGCUUUUUGCUCGUGUUACAGCAUGGGUGAGAGAGCCUUGUGUCUCGUUUGCACUGGUAAAACCAUUUGGUGGUUCUCUGGUGUUUUGGAAGAAGUCACUUUCUUUGAUCACUGUAACCUAAAAGUUGUGCUGUGUCCCAUUUCUCUUGCUCCAAGUCUCAAGGCUAUCUCUAUCUAUCUAAUUCUUCCUUUAAGCCAUCUGAACAUCUGCAUCAUUAUCACUGUUUGGGCCAAUUUUAUCAACCACAAAGUAAGGUUGAUUUACUUCAUUUUGUAAGAACUUGAGCAUUCUGGUCUCCUCCAAAUGGAUCAUCCAUCAGACCGCUGACGACUCCUCACUGUUUGCGUGGCUUCCAAACCAUGUGACAUUUAGCAGCAAAAUGAGAUUUGUCUUCUGUCUGAUUUCCUGGAGAUGAAUAUGAUCAAACUGCACGCGUUUGUACAGUUUGCCGUGCCGCGUCUGCAUGGUGGGGUGACGUUCCCAUGUGCAAACAGCUGUCCUGCUAUGGACAGAGCAGGAAAGAAGGAAAGCAGUGAAGCUGGCUGUGCAGAUGCAGUGGCAGCACAAAUAAUAGGAUGCUUAAGUGCAAUUUCAUCAGAAACAAGAAAUGUUCUCUCAGAGACACUAAAACAUUCCUUUGACCCAAAUCUUUUCCAAGUUAGCUCACAGAAAGUAUUUCUGGUGCCUGGGGUAUGGAAGUUGAUCAAACCAAAGCUUUGGUAACAUUAACUCUUCCAGCCAGCAGGUUGUACCGUGUCAUCCCAGAGCUGCAGCUGGUUAGAAACACACUAUAACCAUCCACGUAAAUGUUUUAUCCCAGGCGAGUAAUUGAAACGAUGUUCAGAACAUGAGAAAUGUUGUACCUGACUUUUAAGUUGGCUCACCUUGCUGGGUUUGCUGUUUUCAGUUCUGUUUAAGAAGUACUUCAGCUAAAGCAGCUUUAAACUCUGAAAACUUUGGUUACGCGGGCUGCAAUGGCUGCAAUGGCAAUACAGCGCAGCAGCAAGAUAAUGAAAUGCAGAGCAGCCCUCUGAAGGGAGAGUUCUAGGUGUCAUGCUAUUAAUUACUGGAGCAUACAAUGUCAUAGCAACAAGCUAUUUUUUUAACUUUCUCCUGUAAUUAAGAAAAGUUAAAACAGAAGUUUUGGUUAUUAAAAAAAAAAAAAAGUCUUGAGGCCUUAAGACCUUAUAUAUUCUGAUUCAGCAUGGAGAGUCUAUUUUUACAGCCCAGUUAGGAAUUCUGUACAUAGGCUUGACUGACCUUGUAAGUAUAGUGGUGCUAGCAGCUAAUCACACAGUAUUGUAAGGCUCCGUAUAACAGUAAGCUCUGGCUUAUUUUGGUGACUGGUACAAGGAUUCCUGCUCACUGCCUGUGUAAACCAUCUGCCAUUUUAUGCUUGGAAAUACAGCCAGAACGUAUUCAAACUGUGAAUAUAUAACCUGAUUUUUCCCUUCUGAAGGGUGAAGAUGUACUCCAGUCGGUAGUGUUUUAUAUAGAGUACAAUACUUAUUUUUAUUGUCGCGUAAAUGCAAAGUAUUUUUUUCAGAAUAGCGAAGCGUUACCGAAUUUUUAACCUGCUGGAGAAAACACUCCAUACGACACCACCACUUCUAUUCUGCAGAGCUUUUGAACGCUGCCUCCCAGUUGGCUUCACUUUGUGUCGAUGUUAAGCCUGGACAUGGCUGUAAGAUAAAGCUGUUUUUCCACUCCUAGCUCUGGCAGAUAAAACAUUCGGAGAGGUGAGAAUUGUUUCACCAUUGGGGCUGGGCUGAUGUCAGCAGAAACAACCAAUCUAUGUCACAUUGUCGUCUUUGCUAGUUAAAAUCCAUUAAAAAUUGUACGUGGAGUAACAGAAACAUCAGAUUGUGACAGACACCAAAAUGAAGCACUGCGAUUCACAGCUCCCAUCUUUGAGCGUGAUACUUUUAUCGUCAGCGUUACAGGCAUUGGGCUGUUGCAGUGAAUGAAUCUGGCUUUCAUGUAGCUGAACAAAACGUUGCUUUUUAUAAAAUAAGAUGGCUGUAAUUUGGGGUUCUCAAUUCUUGCUCACUUUUAACAACAGCAUCACAUAUCUACUUCUAUGAGAGUAUUUAAUACAAAUGCCUGUGGUUUUCAAUGUUACUAACAUACUGUAACAUCAGUAAAGUGAAUUUCAACGACAAA